AUGGAGGCGGCAUCGCCUGCCACAGAGCCGUUUGGAGAGCAAGACAGCCAGUACGAGGAAAGGUGGACUGCAGACAGUCAACCUAGACCUACUUACUCUCGGUCUCCGUUGCAACAGACUGACAACGAGAGGUUUGCCUCGUCUUCGUCCCACGGAAGGAACUCACGACCUGACGCCGCACCCGUGCCCCGCUCGCCGUCUCAUCCACGGCAUGCAGCGGUGAAGAGAGACCAGCUGCAGCACAGUCAGAGCUGUAGAGGACAGCAGUCUUCCGGCCCGUCUGCGCCGUCUCAGUCUUCUUCCUCUUCGUCGCGCUCCUUGCCUCGUGCUUCGGGUCGGGGAGAACCCGUUACGCUGAAUGGGCAUGCGGGCCCUCCCACGCAGAUCAUGCAGGCCUCUUUCGGCAGCCUCCGGGCGUGCAGGACGAGUGCCAGCAGCGCCUCACGCGAUGAGGCUCUUCCUCGCCGAAGCUCGGAACUAGCGCACGUUGUUCAACAGGACGGGCCGCAGAACUGGGGGCAGUCCCCGUCGUGGCCUUCCUCGUCUUUGCGAGCGGAGCCCCGCCCCGGACAAAAAGGGUGUUCAUGGCAUGCAAGCGAGGCAGAGGUUGCCCACCAGGCCCAGGCCUGGGAUAGUUACAAAGGAGAGAAAAGACACAGUGGACGGAACGGUGCCUCGUGUGUUGUUGCUUCUGACAACUCUGCUCUCGUUCGUAGAGAAAAAGGGACGAGGGAAGGGGAACAGUCUCCAGUUGGGGGCGGAAGUACUUUCACGUGGGCGCAGCGCGUGUCGGGCGCAAGCCACGAUCCCCACAAGCCGGCAAAACAUGCACCAAACCCGUGGGUGGUCCGGAGCGAUGAGGGCGAACAAGGCAUGCAGAAAGAGAGACAGGCACCGACGCGGGCAGGGACUGGGGAGGGCGAAGCGAACAGGACAGUGGAGAUUGGCACGGAACAGGAGGAACCCACGACACGUCCAAACAAGGAAACAUUCACGGAAAACGACCAAGAAGCGACAGAGAUCAGAGCCGCGUCCUCGCGCCUUGCUGGCCCCUCGGCUCACUCUUCUUCAAUGCCUGUCUCUCCUGUCCCGGUGCCUUUACCUGGGUGGUCCCGCGGGCCGAGCGCUGCAGUGUUCGCUCCACCCUCUCAAGGUGGCGGAGACGGUCGGGCUUCACGGCGAUCGGCGCCCAAGACUGCGGCGUCUGCUGUCGCCCCUUCCGGUCGAGAGAGGGGGCCUUCGCGCGACGAGAGAAAGGCUCAAGAGUGGAGUGUCGGUGCACCACAGUCCGGGGAAAUGGGCGGUCUCCCCAUGCAUGCGGCAAACGGAGAACACGAUUCGUCACGCGCGUCGCCGUCCGAGAAGGACAGGGCGCAGCUCGUCCAGCAGAUCGCAGGGGGUAAAUCUCAGCCUCUGGCGCCUGCAGGGGUUGCGGCGGGAUACGCCGGAGCGCAAGCAACAAGACAGGAUGAGAACAGACAGGAGAGGGAGAAGCACAGGGAAAAGGAAGAAGCGGGGCCGGGCACAGACGGAGAGAAACGGGAAAACGGGGAGGAAGAUGACCAGAUGAGGCCGCCAUACCCACCUUGCCUGCUCAGCGCGAUCAUGGACAGAGUGAGAGUUCCGGAGGGCGAGCGUAUAGCAAGGACGCACGAAGACGCGACGGAACUCCCUGACCUAACUCUGAAACUCGACGCAGCAGACUUCCCGUCUUUUGUUCAACGUGGACUUGUCAACACGCACAACAACUGCUACAUGAAUGCCGUAAUUCAAGCCUUGGUUCCUGUUCUCCUGCCGCUGUGGCCACGGCUUCUGUCUCCUCUGUGGGCUCGCAAGAACGGGAAUGGGGUGGUAUCUCUAUCGCGCGCCUCGUCUCCCUCCUUAUGGAGCAGCCUCGCCGACGCUGCGCAAGUGUUUCUAGACCCCCAGAGGCCGUCGUCCUCCCUUGCUCGUCCUGGGGACGUGGCGCGAAUUUUCCAGCAUGUCGUGUCUGGACCCUCCAGAGGGGGCAUGUCGGGAGGGCUGGUUUGGGGGCAACAAGCAGACGCGUCGGAAUUCCUUCUUUUCCUCAUCAACGGACUCCACGACGAGUGCAAGUGGACGAGGGGGCCCUCGGCCGGUUUCGCCGAGUCUUCAGCAGCCCAAAAUGGCGAUGAUGGCUUCGUCGAGGUCGGCAAAAAAAACAAGAAAAUCAAGCCUCGCGUCGUCGGAAGCGAGGAAGACUCCCUCGUCUACCGGCUUUUUGGUGGUCUUUUGAGAGAGUGUUCCGUAGAUCCACGGACAGGCUCGAAACUCAGCGAACGGAAGGAGUUUUUUCUAUUUCUGUCUUGCUCGGUUCUUCCGCAUCUGCGAACUCUCGAAUCCGUCCUCGAAACGCAUUUCGCCGACCGAGAUGUCGAGCCGGCAGAGGACAAGGCCAGCGCGGCAGACGAUAGGUCUCUUGCGAAAGGGCGUGGAAAGGGGGUCAGUGGGGAGGGCAGAAAACGGGGGCCGGAAACGGAAAGGCGGCCGAGAUGUCGACUUCAGACACGGAUUGAGUCCCCACCUCCCAUCCUGGUCAUCGUGCUCCAGAGAUUUUGUUAUGACCGGCAGAAACAGCGGGCGAUGAAGGUUUCUCACCCCGUUGCGCUGUCUGAACAGCUUGUUCUGAGGUCUUCGUGGUGUGUGUGUCCCUGUGGGGGCCAGCGGAACCAGCAUGUGGGAGGAAAAAGAGACAAGAUCCGAGGCACUGGCUGCUCGACGUCGUACGAAGAAGAUGUGGCGAUGCACGAGAGAGAAGAGCAAAGCCAUCUGAGUUUGGAGGAAAGAACGUAUGACCUGGCAGGCGUCAUCUCACACAAAGGAGUUCUCAUGAACCGGGGGCACUACACUGCAGCCAGUCGUCUCCCUGCAGCGCUUGCCGCUUCUGUGACAAAGAGGAAAGGCGGCUGUCGUGAGCCGAGAAAAGUAAACGUUUUGGCUGGCGUGAAAGGCGGCAGAUGGGCAGCGGCAGCCACAUUGACGGGCGAUGAGAUGAAAAGGGAAACAGAGACAGAAGGGGAGAGGAAUCGUGAAGAAGUGUCCGAGUCCGAGUCCGAAAAAGAGAGACACCAAGCCGCAGAAGAGAAGCUGCAAGAGACAUCAUGGAUACUCUCCGACGACAUGUCUUGCUCGGUAAGGCCCUUUGAUGCCGUCCAGAAUAUGGAAGGACACUAUGUGCUCAUAUUCGUCAAUCGUCGCUGGCAAGUGAGCACAGACCCAGCGCGCUCCUUUGAACAGGCCAGGAGAUUUCAGUCCGAGCUGGAAUCUGGGACGGAGAGAUGGGAAGAAUAG